CUGAGCCAUGCGGUCACAUGCUGAAGGCGCCCGGACUCCGCUGCACUGAGAGCUGCUGCUGCUGCUGCUACUCCAUCCUCCAGUCCUGAGAGCGAGCGCUGUAGGAGCGGCGCUGAGAGCCGCAGGACCAGCAGGACCCGGAGCACAGCCGCCCACAGACCCCCACUCCCGAAAACUGGACUCAACUGGGACGCCUCUGCGCAGAUAUGGGGUGCAGUAAGGUGUGUGUAGCCACGCUGGGAGCUGCUGUCGUCAUCACGCUCAUCGCUGUUCCAACAGCCAUUUAUGUUCACAGGCGUGACUCUGCUGCAAAGAGGACUUACACAUUCGAUGACUUUUACAAUGAUACUAUUAGGUAUCAAACUUACAAUUUGCGAUGGAUUUCAGACAACGAAUACCUCCAUAAAAGCAAAGAUGGCAAUGUGUAUCUGCAUAAUGUGGAGACAAUGACAAACUCACUGUACUUGAGUAACUCAACAUUUGCCCAAGUGGAUGCCACAGAUUAUAUAGUAUCUGCUGAUAGGAAAUUUGUCUGUUUUGAGAGCAACUAUUCCAAGCAAUGGAGACACUCCUUCACUGCUUCAUACUCCUUUUAUGAUAUGACAACUAAGAAUUUCAUCACACCUGUUCACAUCCCUCAAACAGUCCAGUUAUUAGUGUUGGCUCCUGUGGGAAACCAGCUGGCGUAUGUGUGGGAUUACAACAUUUACCUCAAAAUGAACGCCACUGCUGAGCCCAUACAGGUCACACGGGAUGGGAAAGUAAACCAGAUUCUUAAUGGAGUUCCAGACUGGGCAUAUGAAGAGGAGGUGUUUGUGUCGAAUGAGGGGAUGUGGUGGUCUCCCACAGCAAAGUACCUGGCUUACGUGCAAAUUAAUGACACCAGUGUGCAGGCCAUUGAGUAUUCAUUGUAUGGAAAUGGACAAUACCCCAGCACCAUGAUAGUGCCCUAUCCCAAGGCUGGAUCCAAUAUUCCAAAAGCUCGACUUUUUAUAGUUGACGUUGCAAAGCCAUCCAUCCGCUCAGAAGUACUGGUGCCAAAAAACAUUGGGGCAGGUGAUCACUUCCUGAGUUCUGUGACGUGGGUGACCGAUGAGCGCAUUGCUGUGCAGUGGCUGACACGGAGACAGGACGAGGUUCUUCUUCAAAUCUAUGACUUUGAUGGAGCUAACUGGAAGGAAAAUCUGAAAUUUGAACAAAAGAGCAAAACAGGCUGGGUUGGCCGAUACAGCCCUUUGCCUCCUUACUUUGCUGCAGACAACAGUAGUUUCUACAAGGUGAUGAGUGAUACAAAGGGCUACAAACAUCUCCACUAUGUAAAGGAUGGAAAAGCAGUCCCCAUAACUUCAGGAAAAUGGGAAGUAACCUACAUUUCAAAGUUAACCAAAGAUGCAAUCUACUAUGUGAGUAAUGAGCACAUGGCGAGACCAGGGCAGAGAAACCUUUACAAGAUAUCCUUCAGUAGCGGUGGUCACUCAGCCCCUGAAUGCGUCACCUGCUCACUCUACCAGGACAGGUGUCAGUUCAAUUCAGCGUACUUCAGCCGGAACGCCUCCUACUUUCGCAUGGACUGCUACGGACCAGGACUUCCACUCUUUACACUCAUGGAUAACAGAGGAACACGUAAAGAAAUUCAGGUGCUUGAAGACAACAAGAAACUGGAACACAUUCUGACGACAGAGCUCCUAAUGCCAACCAUCAAACGGGGCACAUUAAAGAUGGAAGGGUUUGACUUCUGGUACCAGAUGAUGUUCCCUCCCAAUUUUGAUGCGUCCAAAAAAUAUCCUCUCCUGAUCCAAGUGUAUGCAGGUCCAGCGAGUCAGUACGUGGAUUAUAAAUUCAAGCUGGAGUGGGCCACUUACCUCUGCAGCACAGAGAACGUCAUCAUCGCCAGCUUCGAUGGACGGGGAAGCGGUUACCAAGGCGACAGGAUAAUGCACGCCAUCUAUGAGAGGCUGGGCACGUAUGAGGUGGAAGAUCAGAUCUCGGCAGUGAGGAAAUUCAUCGAUAUGGGCUUCAUAGACAAAGACAGAAUUGGAAUGUGGGGAUGGUCAUAUGGUGGCUAUGUGACCUCCAUGGCUCUGGGAUCAGGAAGUGGCCUUCUUAAAUGUGGGAUUGCUGUGGCUCCUGUUUCUAAGUGGGAAUUUUAUGAUGCUGUGUAUACAGAGAGGUACAUGCACCGCCCUGAGGAAAAUUCUGACAGCUAUAAAAAUUCCACUGUAACUGGAAGAGCAAAGAAUUUCAAAUCAGUGCAGUACCUGUUAGUGCACGGCACUGCUGAUGAUAAUGUCCAUUUUCAGCAAGCUGCUCAGAUCUCUAAAGCACUGGUGGAGCAGCAGGUAGACUUUGAUGCAAUGUGGUACACAGAUAAGGACCACGGUCUGUCUGGAAAGGCCCGCUACCAUCUCUACACACACCUGAGUCACUUUCUUAAGAAGUGCUUCUCUGAGAAGAAAUAGAUCAUCAUCAUCACUUUAAGUUUACAAAAGUUUGUACUGAACUUCAACUGCUUUACGAACAUGUAUAUAACUUAUGUUGAAAAUUUCCAAAAAUGUACAAACUGAGACCUGGAAAGCUGUGUGGUUGUGGUUGUAUUUGUUUUAGGAUUUUGUUUUGCUAGGUUUUGAUCAAUCCAAAGUUUGCUACCUGUGUUCAAUGAUUGCAUGCUUUUUUAAAUAAUUUGUAUAAAAAUAUUAUAAACUAUACAGUAUUUGUGACAUUUUUGAUGUCUGGUUAUUUCAGGGUGUUAUUGCACUGAAGUGAAUUAAUGAUCGAGCUACAAGGAUACAAGUGCUUUUGAUUUUAAAUGAUCACAAGUGGCGUAAAGUGUUUGACUGCAAAGAUGCAAAUAAAUGAUGUAAAAGGAAUUAA